CGUUUUAAGAAAUGAUUUUAUUAGCGCUUUUAAUUGCCAUCAUUUUUGUAAGAUUCAUAGUUUUGGAAAAAAGGAAUAAUCAACAGCAAGGCCUUAAAUUAGAAAUUUGUCACUAAAAAGUAAUGUAUUAUCAAUGAAAGAUAGAGUCGACGAUUCAUAUUUAGAUGCGGCUUAUUUCUAUAACGUGCGCUAAAUUUAUCUUAUUUAUACCAUUGUAAAUUUCAAUACACACAAUAUCUUGAGACAAUAAAUCUAUAUUGAAUGUUACGAGCAACAUCGUCUUUGACUUUUCGUUUAUAAUUUCAUUUUCCAGUUUAUUUUUUCUCACCCAUUUUCUCGAUUUACACAAAAUAUUCCAUCGUGUAUAAUUUAAAUUAAAAACAACGACAAACAUCUUUAUCGACGAUCAAAAUCCAAAUACGAAUUAACUCUGUUGUUCGAUAAUCUUUGAAGAAUCAAACUGCUUCAAUGCGUAAUAGUUAAAUGGAAACGCAUAAAUAACUCGCUAGAGGACGCAAUAUUUUAAAAAUAAAUUUCACAUUCAGAGGUUUCCCGUUUCCCGUUUCCCGUUUCCCUUUCCUAUUUCAGAGAUUCUCUUAUAUUUUAACAAGUCAAUUCUUUAUAACAUGUUUCAUGCCACGCGGCCAUUGAAAAAAUUUAAGCACAAUAUAAUUUUAUUAGCACAAUGCUAAUUUUUUGCCUUUAUUAGCGUUAAAGCGAAAACUAUAUUCUAGAAACGCAUACAAAAAUGCCAAAAAUUUUGCGACGCAACAACGAUGCGAAUUCGUUGUCCGUCUCGCACAUGUCUGCUGGGAGCCCUGGAGAAUUUUUACCUCCUCCCUCUCGAAUCCCGAGGAUGAAAUGGCAAGAGAUAUUAGAAGAAGAACGUAUCAGCCAUAUCGUAGGCUCCAUACGCGAGGAAAUAGUCCGAUCGGCCGAGGAGGCGAUUCGCGAAGGUUAUUUGCGGAGAAGGAUCUAUGGCUUUGUUGUUAAUUGCGCCCACGAGGCUUGGAUGCGCGUGUUUCAGUGGGCGCAUCUGCGAUACGAUGAUGAAGGGAUGAUAUCCGACGAUUGGACACCGGAUGAUGAUGAGACACCCUCACCGGUUGCUAAGGAUCCUCGAUUAUCGCGAGGCGUCCCAACGAUAUACGGACGAUUCGAUAGAUUAAUUACAACUCAAAAAUCGUCGAGUUAUUGCAAGGCUCCUUGCGCGAAAGGUGCAUCGCGCCGUAAAAACGAACGAUUAAAAUAUAGUAUGAAGAUCCGUACGGAUCCAUAA